CAGGAAAAGGAAACGGGACAUUUGACAGCCUCCCAGAGUCUGGGCGCUUUCACCCGGGUUAUGUUUUCAUUUGGACCCGCCUCGUUGUUCUAGGCUAAUUUAAAAAAGGAAAAGAAAAGAAUUAUCAUCUCAUCUUAUUGUUUCCGUUCCUCUUGUAGACACGCCCCCUCUGGAGUGAAAGAGGCGCUACAUUACGCUACAUUGCGCUACAUUUGGUUACACUCGUUUCUCCGGUGUUGUGGUGUAUUCAGUGAUGGCCUUUCCCGGAUACGGCGCUGCCCCCGGUGGAGUCGCGCAGGACCCUCUCUACGGAUACUUUUCAGCUGUAGCUGGACAGGAUGGACAGAUCUCAGCAGACGAGCUGCAGCGCUGCCUCACGCAGUCCGGCAUCUCGGGCACGUACAAACCCUUCAGCAUGGAGACCUGCAGACUGAUGGUCAGCAUGCUGGAUAGGGACCAUUCCAACAGCAUGGGCUUCAACGAGUUCAAGGAGCUCUGGCAGGCCCUGAACGGCUGGAAGUCCACCUUCAUGUCCUACGACCAGGACCGCAGUGGGACGGUGGAGGGCCCGGAGCUGCAGCACGCCUUCACCUCCAUGGGUUUUAAUCUGAGCCCUCAGGCCAUGAACAUCAUCAUGAACCGCCACAGCUUCAACGGCAGGAUCGGGUUCGACGACUUCGUGGGCUGUUGCACAAAACUCCGUGCCCUGACUGAUCAGUUCCAAAGAAGAGACACGAGCCGAACUGGCACGGCUUCAUUUCAUUAUGAUGAUUUUAUCCAGGUCACCAUGAGCAUAUGAAGAGGAAUGGACUAAUCAGCGGGGACACGCCGGCCCUUUAAAAUCUUCUCAUAGAAUAACAGCAUGUAUACUUCCAAUGUGUAUUUUUUUUAUUGCUAAAUCCUUGUUGUAAAAAAACGGAUUUAAAUGUCACAUUCCAUUUUACGGUGAACUUUAAUGUGUAUCGUAACAAACCAACACAACUAUAAUAACCUCUGUAUUGGCCCAUAGAGCUGCAUGUCUGAAACAAAUAAAGCUUUUGAUGGAUA